AUGUACUCUCAGUGGUUUUUUGCCAAGGACCAGCGUUACAUAACAGUGAAGGAGCACCACAUAUUGGUUUUGCUGUCCAGGACGCGCAUAGUCGACUCUAGAUGCCAUUCGGCACCUCCAUGGCUACCUCAUCUCACCCUGAUCACACGGAUGCCAGAGCUGAGCUGGGUUCUGCUAUACUUACACCAACUGAAGAUCGUGAACUCAUCUGAAAAUCUGAAAAGGGCAAAAUGA